CUCCACCACAAAGCGAGGUCAGAGACUCGGACGUUUGUUCCUCCUCUCACCCGCAACCUGCAACCGCAAUCCGCAUCCCGCACCCCGCAACCCCGACACACGGCAUCAAGCAUGCUCCUGGCCACGCUCAUCGUCGCGCCGUGGGUCCUUGUCGCUGGCCUCACGGCGCUGGUGGUGGUCCUCGCGGCUCGGCUCUCGCCGGCCAAAUCGGCGGCCUCUGAGCUUGUGGUCGGCGCAUCGGUGGAUGGACCAGGCCAUUGGCGGUAUGCUUGUGCCGAGGGAGGGCCUGUCUUCCCCUCACCCAAGGCCUCGGCCCUCCCGCCGGGCGGGCCAUCAUCCAAGCGGGUCGCCCGCCUCGCCUCGCGCAUCUCGCUCUACCAUCGGGUCGAGCUCGGGAGCCGCAAGAUCGCCCGCCUCGCGCCGACCACCGCCGCCGCCCUCCUCUCGGUCAUGGACGCCAUGGAUGCCAUCGAUGAGGUCUAUCUGGUCCAGGCGUGGCGGAAGAACCCAAAGCUCCGCGAGUAUCUCGUCGCCCGCCUCUGGAGCUCGCCGCCGGCCUGGCGCCGGUACCUCUCAGACGAGCUCGAGUUCUUUGACUUUAACAAGGGCCCGUUUGACAAGCUCGAGGAUAGGGUGUUUGUCAAGCCGCUGCGCGGCGUGGUCCUCCCGCCGUCGGCCCCGCCGGGAUCCGGCCUCUACCCGCCGUUCAUGAUGACCCGCAUGGACGUCGGCGAGUGGCUGAUGGCGUGGGAGGAACAUGUGGCGUCGCUGGGCGAGGACGCGAGCCCGCCCGCCGAUCCGACAUCGCCUGUCGUUGCCCUCGUUGCCUCGUCGGCGCCCGACGCUGUCGCCGGUGUCGCCGUCCGCCCGUACUCUCGCCUGUACGCGCGGACGCUCUCGCGCGCCGCCGCCGCCAUGCGCGCCGCCGCCCGCCACGUCCGCACUCCCGAGCUCGUCACCUUUCUGCACUCGCGCGCCGCUGCGUUCAUGACUAACAACUACGCCGCAUCCGAGGCCGACUGGCUCGCCGUUCCCUUUGCCAACGCCGAGUUUGUCCUUGUCAUCGGCCCGUACUCCAAGUACGGCGAUCAGCUGGCGUCGACUAAGCGGGCAUUCAAGGCCGUCCCGACGGCCUCGAACCUCCCGUCGCCCGGCAUCCUCAAGGGCAAGCACGGCUCGAUCCGCCUCAUCCUCGCCAAUGUGCUCAAGGCCAAGUAUGUUCACAUCCUCAAGCCCGGCGCCAAGCUUGUGUACGAUCGCAACGACGCGGCCAAGCUCUCGUUUGAAAGCUUUAUGCUCUGCGUCGUCUACCACGAGCUCUACCACGGGCUCGGUCCCAAGCGAGUCUCGCUCGAGAGCUCGCCGCACUACGGCAAGCUCAUCAACGCGGCCAUGGGCCCGAUCCACUCGCCGCUCGAGGAGGCCAAGGCCAACAUCGGCGGCUUCUGGGGCCUGCUGCGCAUGCUCCGCCGCGAUCCAGCCACCCUCCCCUUCCCCGACGGCAUCGAGGACGUCCUCGCGGACGUCAGCAUCGGCUCGGUCUGCCAUACCUUUGUCGCCUCGCUCUUCCGCUCCAUGCGCUUUGGCCUCCACGAGGCCCACGGCCGGGCCGCCAUGCUCCAGUUCCACUUUCUCCUCGCCCGCGGCGCCAUCACCACCGCCAUCUCGCGCUCGGUCUCGCUCGACUCGAUCGCUGGCGUCGCCGACGCCGAGUACGACUCGGACGACUCGGGCCUGUCCGAGGACUGGAAGCCGACCUACGCCCGCACCUCCUUCAAGGUUCAUCCCGACAAGCUCUACAACUCGGCCUACGCCCUUCUCGGUGAGAUCAUCGCCGUCCAGGCUGCUGGCGACACCGCCGCUGGCGCCGCCCUCCUCGACGAGUACGCCUCAUCAGUCGCUGUCGACGCCGCCAUGGCCCUCGAGGCCAUGGCCCGUAUCCCCACAGACAUCCGCCCAGACUACUCCAACCUCCGCUCGCUCCUCCGCAGCAACAUCGCCUCGGCUGGCUUCCGCGACUCUAUCCUCUCCGACGACGAUUCGGACACUGACCAUGACUCGGACUCGGACUCGGACGACGGCGAGGACCACGAUGAGCUCUCCGACAACUCCGGCGACGACGAUGACGACGAGGCCUUUGUCAGAUAGCAACCAGUGUGUACCAUGCGCCCGUCCCCAUCACCAUGACACGUUUAACACCGAUCCAGCCGGCGGCUGCCAACGACAGCUGGAACCUGCCGACUCUUGCCGACGCUUACCCCGCCUACUUACGCCUGCCCACACCUACUCACACCGGGCUGCGUCUGCUCCCCGCCUGCGGCAGCCUGAUCAACAUCUACGGCACUGCAGCC